AUGCUAGAAAACGGCCAAGAGCGGAGAGCGCCAACAAAUUUUUCUACAGAAUUAAAUCUCACACAGAUUAUUAAAACUCCAACUAGAAUCACGGCGACGUCCCAAACGCUUAUUGAUGUUAUUCUAGUCUCAUCCACAGCACUUGUUCUUGAGAGUGGUGUUAUUAACACUUCUAUCAGUGACCACUUACCAGUGUACGUCCUACUAAAGUUAAAGGCCCCGAAGAUGUAUAUUAAUCUGAAAAACCAAAUGCUUGGAGAAUUAAUUAAUAAUAAUAAUAAUAAUCAUAAUCUUUACGCCUUCUAUGCUGCUAACCCAAAAACUUCAACUUUGAAAGCUAUCCCGCGAGAAUUUGGAGCGACCGACCUUUGUAAACAUAACAAGCAAUGGAGACACGUACAACACUUAGCGAAUGUUUUUUGGUCGAAAUGGCGAAAGGAGUUCUUGCCCACACUGCAGCCGCGUCGGAAGUGGCAAGAAGAAGUUCCGAAUCUUGAAGCAGAAGACCUCGUGUUAUUACGUUGUAAAGACGUCGCAGGAAAUGAAUGGCCACACGCCCGGGUAAUAAAAGCGUAUAAAAGCGCUGAUGGCGAAGUACGGAAGUUAAAUUUGAUUACCACCAGGGACGGUGCGAAGCACAUAUACACUAGGCCAGUAACUGAAGUCGUGCUGCUCAGAACUGUGCAUGAGUUAAAAUGA